AUGGUGUAUUUUAUACGUGAACUGUUCUUAUGGGCAAUAUUGAUGAAUCGUUCCGAUUUGGCAAUGAGUAUAUGCUCUCGAACUACGAAUCCAGUGGUUGCUACACUAGUUGCUAGUAAAAUCUAUCAUCAAGCUGCAACUCAGAGUCGCUGUAUCACUGCCGAGCGAAAAUUAGAAUAUCUAAAAAAAGAGAAAGAAUUUGGUGAACAUGCUGCUGGUAUAAUUGAUCGAUGCUUUCAAGUUGAUGAAGAAUUUGCAUUGAAACUGCUAACACAAGAAUCAGACGUAUUUUUCAAAUAUAAUGCGCUGUAUUUGGCACGAGAAAUCAAUAGUCGACCUUUUCUCGCCACAAAAUGUAUACAAAAACAUCUUGAUACAGAGUGGUAUGGGAAUAUUAACUAUAAUGUUUAUAGUUAUACCAAUAUUAUGGUAAACUAUUAUUGA